ACUGGAACAUCGAUCUUAGCUGUGUAAGCCAUAUAUGUUGGCAAUGACACCCAAGAGCAACAACACUACCACCGGUGGUCCACAAAGCGAUGGGUCCACGGGUUCGAGCGUGGGGACCGGAGGUGGGGCCGAGGGUGGUGGGGUGGCGCUGAAGAAGGGCCCUUGGACGGCCGUGGAGGACGCGAUCCUAACGGAGUACGUGAGGAAGCACGGUGAGGGAAACUGGAACUCGGUGCAGAGGAACACCGGCCUGGCGCGCUGCGGCAAGAGCUGCCGGCUCCGAUGGGCCAACCACCUCAGGCCCAAUCUCAAGAAGGGUGCCUUCUCUCCCGAGGAGGAGAGGCUCAUCCUUGAGCUCCACGCUAAGUACGGGAACAAAUGGGCUCGCAUGGCCGCUCAGUUACCUGGACGAACAGACAACGAAAUCAAGAACUACUGGAACACCAGGGUGAAGCGGCGCCAACGUCAAGGCCUUCCUCUCUACCCGCAAGACAUCCGACCAUCCUCCCAAUCCCAAUCGCAAUCUCAACCCACCACUCCGCCAACCCCCACAGCGCCGGGGACACCCACCACCCCAACCUCCCAAACCUUCCACUUCCACCACUCCCACCACCCUUCUUUCUCUCUCUCCCCCACCCCGCCGCCCCUCUCCCCCACCUCUCAUCAUCACCAACCCUUCUCCACACAACCCUUCACCGCCACCUCAUCCUCCUCCUCCACCUUCACCUUCCAACGCCCCACUCCCAUCCUGGGCGCCCCUUUUCGCUUCAAGCGCUACCGUGACUGCACUGGUUUCUCUCUGCCCAUUUCGCCGGCACCGCAAAGCAAUACACUGACCCAGUUGCCUGAUAUGACUUCCUUUCAGUUUCCGAUGACUUUUAGCCACAGUACUUCGCCGCAGCUUCUGAGGACCCACUUGGAACUUGAUCAAAUGGUGUCCCCGGUAUCGGCUUAUUCGGUGAAACAGGAGCUCCCUUCGAACCAAUUUUCGUCGCAUCAUCAUCCUCCGGCCGAGACCUCGGAGAUCACCAUCGAUAUGGAGGUGAAUGGGGCUGCCGGUCAGGGAGGUGGGAAUGGGUUGUUGGAGGACUUGUUGGAGGAGGCUCAGGCAUUGGCAGCGUCCAGCCACGUUUUGAGGAAACCAACUUCUUUGGAAGAGCAGAAGCGUGUGCUUGAUGGGUUUAAGCAUUGGGAGGGUUCAAGUUCCAUUCAUUGCCCUUCUGUAGUGAAAGCAGAGGAAGGAGGAGGAGUUCAGCUCAACUCCAUGCAAGAAGACUUGUCGAAGCUGCUGAAUAAUGUUAUCCCUUCCACCAUGCAGGUCCCAGAUUGGUACAGCGACAGUGGGGAAAUCUCAAACGGGCAAUCUUCAGGUGUCACAGAUGAAAAUAUGGGCAUGGACAUGCAGCAUAUAGCAGCUUCAUUGUUUCCUCUUGCCGCCACUACAGACCACGGCAGAACCCCUGGCUCCUGCUCUUGGGACAACUUGCCUGGAAUUUGCUAAGAUUGUUUGAUUUAAUAACCAUAAUAAAUAAAAGUGAAAGGCUUUAAAGUCAAUACGGGGUUUAAUUUCUUGUUUGAUCUUUCUUUUUUGUCUCUGGGUUUCGACGGGGUUUGUUUUUUAUAGUUAUUGUUUCUUUCAUUCUUCUGAGCAUAAAAACAUGGCAGAAUUAUAAAUUAUAAAUUAUCAUUU